CAUCGAUCCGCCGCAUAGCAUUCUACUUUUAUAGUUUGCUGUAAAGCAGAAACAAUUUUUUCUUCUCCACAAGGCCGAAAUCGUGGUGCUCGUUGCUACGACCUGGAAUUCCUGAAGAGCCUUUUUGUCAUUACAGUCUUCUCUCCCGCAGCUCCGCCCCCUUGGGAAAAAGCAGCGUGAUCCUAUACUUUGCCAACAAAGUCAACCCAUGUACUUAAGGCCAUCGCAAUGGCUCAUUGCUGCACUGUGUCUCGUCAGAGUUCAUUCCUUUGGUGGCCUCGAAGCGAUACCAUUCGCGGCAGUGGAUCACCACGCCCUCACUCAUUCAUUGACAAUAGCUUCUGGCUCUUCCUUUGAAGCUUUCACGUCCUCUACGAACACUCUUGCUUCCAGUCUACUCACUGCGUACACCGACACACUCGCAACGUACCCGUUGCCGACCAAGGUUGCAACUGGCGCUUCCUUGGCAGUUGUGGGGGACGCAAUUGCGCAAUCUCGAGAACCCGAUGCGUACGACAAACGCCGGGCCGCAUCCUUCAUGAUGUUUGACAUGGCAUAUCGAGCAACCCAACACGCGCUUUUUCCCAUAAUUGUACUGCAAUGCCACGGGCAGUUUUUGAUGGCGCCCAUUGUCGCAUUAUCGCCGUGGUGGGCGUCGUUCGCCUCUUUGGACGCGCUUGCCGCUAUGGAACGGACACUGGCGUCCCAACUGGGCAUUGUCCCCUUUUUGUAUUAUCCCGUCUUUUUCGCCUUGACGGGAGCUGUCCAGGGACUUUCCCUUGAUGGUGCCAUCAAUCGCGCGAAGGAAAACUUCAUCCCGCUCAUGAAACGCAAUCUACUGUUUUGGAUUCCGGUACAAUUCGUGCAAUUUGGUUUUGUGGAAGAGAAUUUGCAAAUUCCUUUUUUGUCCGUAUGCGGUUUGUGCUGGACCUUUGUUUUGUCCGUAAUGGCGGGCUCCACCAAGAAUUACAACCAAGAGGAGAGCACUGCUGAUUCUACUGUUACGACUAGAAAUCCCGUGACGGUGUCGACCAACGGGGCUACUAGUCAGUCAUUGCCGACGGAGGAUCGCUAUUGUGUCACCGGGUUUGAGGAAGGAUGUCACCUUCCAGAUGACUUGUUUCCGCACACGACUUUAAAAGAUGUGUCGCACGAGCUAGAGCACAUGGCUGAUGACUUCGCUCACGAACUCGUGGAGAUUGCCGACGAAGUUGCCCACGAAAUUCAUGACCUGGCCGAACUUACCGAAGAGGGCUGGCACGAAAUUACCGAGUUCGCCCAUUUGGAAAGGAAGUCACAGGCGUCCGCGAAGGUGGACAAAAGUGAAAUGACGGACGGUGGUAUUUCGAACAGGGAAAGCUCAAUGAUCGAUAUGGAGACUGGUUCCGCGAGCACGAAAGAAACUUCUGUGGCGAAAGCAGUGCAAGAAGACAAGGAAUUAACGCUGAAUCAGUACAAGUAGCAUCCGAUAGACAACUUGCUGUGAAUCUAUACACGCCGCCUUCAUUCGCUUCAUUGACGUGGCUACAGAGUCAAAAAAACAAAUUACUCUGGACCAUAUCAUAUGUUUCACGAGUCUAAGUAAGUUUAACUUGCUUGCUUUAUACUAU